GACAGAGGGCGCCAUUCAGAUUGACUAACUUGUGAUCUUCGACUGUGCCACCGUCAAAUCUCCUCCCACUUUCGAUGUAAUUUUCUGAGGACGAAUACUGCCGCAGUUCCGGUCAUCAUGAGUUUCCUCGGCUUUGGGCAAGGGGCUGACAUUGACAUCGUCCUGGACGAUGCAUCCACUCGUAAGAUGGCAGAGAUCAAAACCGAAGAUGGCAAGAAGGAGCGAUUGUAUCUCUUCUACGACGGGGAAUCCAUCGCGGGAAAGGUUAACGUUAAUCUGAAGGGGCGUAAACUGGAACACCAAGGCAUACGCAUAGAGUUUGUCGGACAGAUUGAGCUUUACUACGACAGAGGCAACCAUCAUGAGUUCACAUCCCUAGUCAAAGAACUUGCGCGGCCGGGCGAGUUGUCGCAAUCCACUGGUUACAAUUUCGAGUUUUUGAACGUCGAGAAACCGUACGAGUCCUACACUGGUGCCAACGUAAGGUUACGGUAUUUCCUACGAGUAACGAUAACAAAACGGUUGACCGACACAGUGAAAGAGAUAGAUCUACUCGUCCACACCCUGUCCCACUACCCUGAGGUCAACUCCUCCAUCAAGAUGGAAGUCGGUAUUGAGGACUGCCUACACAUAGAGUUUGAAUACAACAAAUCAAAGUACCACCUUAAAGACGUUAUAGUCGGGAAGAUUUACUUUCUGCUGGUGCGAAUCAAGAUUAAACACAUGGAGCUUGCCAUUAUCAAGAGGGAGACAACGGGUUCAGGUCCCAAUACCUUCAACGAGAACGAGACCAUAGCAAAGUAUGAAAUCAUGGACGGGGCACCAGUGAGAGGUGAAUCCAUUCCCAUCCGGCUGUUCCUGUCUGGCUAUGAGUUGACGCCGACGAUGCGAGACGUCAACAAGAAGUUCUCCACCCGCUAUUACCUGAACCUCGUCCUUGUUGAUGAGGAGGAGAGGAGAUACUUCAAACAACAGGAAAUCACACUGUGGAGGAAACCCGACAAAGCCAAGAAACCCCAGAACUUCCAAACCCAGAAGUUUGUGUCUCAGAAAUCCUAGAAUUAGGGAUGUAACGACCGCUACCAACCCCUUUCAUCAUGCCGUCUCGUCUACAAAUGAAGAUGAGAAGUGGUGGAAACAAAAUAAAAAGGCUGUAUACAUAUAUAAAGUCAAUGAUUGGUGAUCAUAUUUUUUUUAUUUGGGAAUUGUUAGUUGCUGGCUUUUAGAGAAAUGUAAAUGAAGAGUAGAAUGUUUGAGUUAACGUGGGUCGACAAAAUUAUUAGAUAUUUUUUUUAUUUAAACGAGGAGAUGGCAAAACCUCUUCCGUUUAAUAGAUUCUGUUGGUUUUGUUCAUAGUGUAGUUUCGUCUUUCAGUAAAUUCAGUUCGGUUAGUUGGGGAGAAGAAAAAAAAAUGGUCACCAAUUAUUUUUGUUUAUAAUCAAAAUUUAAAGCCUUUGUUUAUGCUGUACAAAUAUUAAUCUUGUAGAAUAGAUAAACAAUUCUUUCAAAAUUGCCUUUUAAUACAACGGAAAGUGCAUUUUGAUUUGACCAAUCAAAAAGAACUGAUAAGAUGAAAAUGUGUUAACCUGAUCGGUAAACUGGCUAAUAGUGGUAAGAUUAACCACUAAACCUGGUUACUGGUGGAUAAAACCUUGGUAAACCGGUUAGAGAAAAUGGUAAAGUUACUGUUAACUCUAGCAUUCUUAUAUGUAUAUGAUUUAGCCAUAAUAGUGUAUAACAAAUAUGUUUCAGAUUCAUCUCUUUUGUAGAGAACUUUGUUCUAUUAAAAUGUGUCUCCGAAUUUGCCAUUUUACUUAAACCCAGUCUGUUAGGCGCCGCUAGACUUGUACAUGUAUAUUGAAGAAAAGACCCACAAUUUAACGUUUUCGUUCAGAGGGGUGUUGUAUUCAUAUUCAAUAUCUUUCUGUGCAUGUGAAGAUAAAAAAAAAACAGCUGAUACACAGAGUCGGAGAUAAACACAUUUUGAAGGCAACAUCAUGUGAGACAAAAACCUUUUUCAACAUAAAGUUCUUUUGAUCGAGUCUAAAUGGACACAGUAAAAGAAUGGAAUUUGAAAAAAAUCUUUUAUUUCAUUUUUUCUAUAUUCAUCAUUGAAACCAUUAAUUGAGAAAAUUAAAGCCGAUUUACACGACAUCCAAUAUAAAUGAUUAUAAAUUUAAAACUUCAAUGAUUGUUUGAUAUAUUGAACUUCUAAUAAUAAUAUCACAACAUGUGAAAGAUUAAUGCCAAUUCCAUUUCAUAUCUAUGGUCCAUGAAUAUAAAACCAAGCCUACACUGCGUGUAGUUUCCAUAAAAAUCAACUUUCUUUUACUUUCCGUUCUGCGUUCCUUCUGCAAUUUGUUGUUGUCAAUGAAAUGGCCUAAUUUUAUUAAUUUCCUGUUUCAAAAGAUGAAAAAAUCCUUCAUUGGCUCUGCAAUUUUGUUUGUGCUAUUGUGUCUGCGAGACUUGACCUGACCCUGCAUUUUUAAUUGGGCGUGCUGUUUCAAAUUGAAAAAAGUGUUUUUUCAAUGACAUUAAAGUCUAUUCAUAGAUGGAAUUUUUGCGUCGGGGUGAUGUAAAUCAAAUGAGGUUUUUGCCCUUCACCGUUACGUUCGCAUCUAUUUUUCUGUGCCUGCUCCUUUCUUUCAGAACUCGUACUUGUAUGUAUCUGUAUCGCAAGUAACUUGAGAUUUAGUUUUAGUUUUAAACUCAGUCAGCAUUUGUAUCUCGUUUGAAAGACGAAGACACUACCAAUAAACUGUAUACAUGUAAUUACUGAAA